AUGUCGGACGAGCCUCGUGUCCUUCGUCCGCGUCCGCGACGAGUCUUUGACCUCACGCCUGCUUCCAACGAGUCGUCUGGAACUUCUACACCGGCCGAACCGGCCGAACCGGUCAACAACACCGAUUUCCUGAGCCCCAACCCCAAGGAUGCAGGUUCGACUAGUGUCAGCCGCAAUGGUUCUGUUAUGAACUUAACCACUUCCACGCUGUACGGCAUUUAUUCGCCGACGGCAUUCGACAGUACGCGAGAUGAGAACAGCCCUUGGGGAACCGAAGGCCAGACUCCCGCCUUCGAGAACCCAGAGUUUGAUUUUAAAGCUGAGUCGGAUGCGUAUGCUCUGGAGAUGGCCCGGUCGCGACUCAACCAUGGCCUCUUUCGUGGUGUGAUUCUGCCCCGCGCAGCUCGAAGUGCUCUUUUGUUUGCCUUUGGGGUGGUCUAUGGAGUUAUCACAGUGCACUUGCACGAGAAUCAAUGGAUCACGCCGGUCAAGUUGGAGAAUAUUCAACAGUACGAUUCGUGGCAGUACUUGGGUUUCUGGGGAGUGGUAGGAAUUACGUUGGGGAAUGUGCUUCCCUGGCUGGACCUUUUCUCUGAAGAGGCUGUCCGGGAUAGCGCUAAGCCGCUGAAGCGUUCGGGCACCGACCAGGAGGAUGGUGAGGAACGGACUCCUUCGUGGGUUGCGGUGGUUCGCAGUGUUGGGGCUUUUGUUGGAAUCGCCUUUGCCAUGCGACGACUCCCCUGGCAGUCUACUACGCAAGCAUCGGUGACUCUUGCUCUCGCGAACCCUGUCCUCUGGUAUCUCAUCGACUCCACAACAACGGGAUUUCUCCUAUCGACAAUUGUCGGACUGGUUGGGAUGGGCGCAGUCCUGGGACUGAAGCCUGAGCUGAUGCCCUCUUCAGCUGAGGGUUCCACAAUCACUACGCUGCUCAACAAUACCGGGGGUGAACAAGGACUGGCGACGGGCAUGACGCAGGAGGGAAUUGCCGUCAGGAUCUGGAUUGCCAGUGUCCUGUUCUGCGCAUGUGUGUGCUUUGGAAACAUUGGACGGCAGCUUGCCAUUGGGGGGCCUCGAAGGGAACCACAGAAGUCGUAA